CCCACUCUACCAAAAGCUCUCUUCCUUCCUCAGGUAUUCCCCGCCGGCGACAAGUUCCGUCGACUCUCACUAUUUCUCAUUUGUCUUCCGCUGAGUUCGUACAUCUACACUUCGCUUCAGUUUCGCUUUCAAAUGGGCGCUGGAAGGAAGAAGCAGACCUUUGUAAUGCAGGAAAAAGCCCUACCUCCUUGGACUUCCAAUGGCAGCGUGACCUCUAGGAAUCUCGGAAAGAGUAAAUUGGCUGGAGUGAUUUUCGGUUGCAAGCACAACACAAUGCAAGAAUGUCUUUCCAAACAAUUGUUUGGAUUGCCGACUCCACAUUUCUCUUAUGUACGGAAUAUCAACCCCGGCUUGCCUCUGUUUCUCUUUAACUACAGUGACAGGAAGCUUCAUGGUAUAUUUGAGGCUACUUGCAACGGUACUCUGAAUAUUAGUCCGUAUGCUUGGACUGCUGAUGGUAUGGAUUAUACUCCAUUUUCUGCACAGGUUAAAUUUAAGACACGGAUGCAGUGUCACCCCUUGUUGGAAGAUCAGUUUAGGCCUAUCAUUGCCGACAAUUAUUAUCAGGCUAAGCUAUUUUGGUUUGAGCUGGACCAAAGACAGACGAACAGGUUGAUUGCUUUGUUUUCAUCUUCACCGAUUGUGGGGACUGUUUCCUCAUCGGAGAGCUCGAGGAGUUUAUUCGAAGCUUUGCAAACUAUCAAUCUAAGAGAAGACAACAACAAUAGCAAGGCGUUUUCUUCAAACAUGAAUGUAGCUUGUCUAGAUUCAAAGAAAAAGUGGAGCUCCUUGUUCCAGGGAUCCCAUACGGAUGUGAGAGAGGAUGGUGAAGAUUGCCAGAAAAUGACAUCUGAAUUGAACCUUUCUAAUUCCAAUAAUUCAUGCUAUGAGUGGGAGGAACCUUUUUGUGCACCACAUUCUUCUGAAGAGGAAAGUGACGCUUGUGAAGCUUUUACCAAUGGUUCUGAAAUACAAAGUGAAAUUGAAGAACCUGCAUUAUUUACUUCAUCUUGUUAUGAUGUCGAAGUUGAAGGUGAAGAGUAUAAGUCAGCAGCUUUGCAGAUGAAUAUUCCUUAUUCAAAUAUUGAAGAUGCAGCAGAAAAUAUGAAGGGAGAUGCACUUUAUGAAAGUGAUGAAGAGAAAUCAUGGGAGGGUACUCCUGAGGAGGACAUUGGAUCUCAUUUGAGUUCUGAUUGUCGGCUUGUAGCUCAGUUACUAGCCGAAGUUAGAGAGCUGAUGUUGUUACAUGGAAAACAAGUUCAAAAAAUCAACCUAAUGGAGCAGGAGUUGGCUGGAUCAAAAAAUGAAAUUCAAAGUUUAAGAAGCCGUUGUGAGAUGAUAGAAAGUGGUAUGAAUUUUAAGCAGAGUAGCAUGGAGGGAACAGAGCUUCAGUCAAUUAAAGAGCUUCCUGCAAACCUUGAUGAAUCUAUAUUGAUAAUGGGAGGCUUUGAUGGUUCUUCUUGGUUAUCAACCAUGAAUUGCUAUUAUCCUUCCAGGAAUUCUAUGGAAUCUCUUCCGGCAAUGAGGUUUAUGCGUUCACUUGCCUCAACAGCUAAGUUAAAUGGUGAAAUUUAUGUUCUUGGUGGUGUUAAUGGAAGCGUGUGGUAUGAUACAGUUGAGUCAUAUAAUGUAACAAACCGUCAGUGGUUUAAUCGACCUUCAAUGAAUCGAAAAAAGGGAAGUUUGGCUGGAAUAUCUUUAAACAAUAAAAUUUUUGCAAUUGGUGGUGGAAACGGAGUUGAAUGUCUCUCAGAAGUAGAAAUGUUCGAUUUAGAUGCUGGAAGUUGGACCCUAACUUCAUCCAUGAGACAAGAGAGAUUUGCUCUUGCUGCUGGCGAACUCAAUGGGAUUCUCUAUGCUGUUGGAGGGUUUGAUGGGAAGAACUACUUGCAAUCAGCAGAAAUGUUUGACCCGCGAGAGAAAUUAUGGAGAGAAAUUGCAAGUAUGUCUACAAAGAGGGGAUGCCAUUGCUUGGCUGUACUCAACGAAAAGUUAUAUGCAAUAGGUGGAUAUAAUGGAGAUGACUUCAUCCGUACCGUAGAGGUAUUUGAUCCUCGUCGCGGUGUGUGGACGAUAACAGAACCCAUGAAUGAAACAAGGGGCUACUCUGCUGCUGCUGUUAUUGGAGGACAUACAAUAUAUGUUUUUGGUGGUAUGAAAAACAAAAAAAUGGAGCUUUCGGAAACGGUGGAGUGUUACAAAGAGGACCGAAGUUGGGAGUUAACCAACCUCACAGCAUUUGGCAAAAGAUGCUAUUUCUCUGCCGUCGUAUUAUAAUAUGUUCAGGGUUAUGUCACUGUCUCUGUCUUAAUUGGAAGGUAAAUAAUGCACAUAACAAAAUGCGAACUGUUACUUGUUGUCGUGAAUGGUUGUAAAGAAAAGUUGAGAGAUGGGACUGUUUGCUUGGGCUUGCAGUUAAUCAUCCUUUCUUUGGUGGAUAUUCAUAACUUAUCGUCGUGUUUCUUA